AUGUCCGAUCAAGUAGGCUUUAGCUUCCAAGCCGACGUCGUGAACACGGCCUCUCUGGGACAUGUCUUGACCGGAAGACUGCUCAAGGCGCUCAGUGAUGGGGGCGUUGACACGUAUGCUAUGUGGGCUGCUGUUCAGCUGGGAAAGCGUAUUCCGAUCCAAGCUUUGCAACAGAGCUCAUUACAUGCCCACAUCAUGUCGAAAAAGACAUAUCAAUCAGUUCUGUUCAAAGCCCUCAGUAUUGGCUGGGGCCACUCGGCACCAGUGGCAGAUUUGGCUCGGACUGUUGCAGGGGCGAAUGCCAUCAUUCUGAUCGGCGCUCUCGGAACGGGUAGUCAGGCAUUUGCUGCCUCUCAGUGUCUGUCCGAGGUGAUGGCAAUUUUUGGGCUUGAAAUCGACACGCUGCCAAGUGUAGAUGUCCUCAAGGGACUAGUCAACUACUUGGCCCCCUUUACCCAAGACCUCGGCUUCGCGAAAGUUGUCCAUCAUAUCACGAAUGCUGCGGAAAGACGGAUGCCCUGGUUCAACGACUCAAAAGUCUUGGAAGCGCUGCUUCCCUAG